AUGUCAACAUCUGCCACAAAAAUCAAUUUCUCGAAAUCAUCUGAAUUUACAAAACCUGUUCUACAACUGAGAACAGCGGAGUUCAAAAGACCAGAUUUAUCAAAAGUCGAGACAAGAGAAGGUUCUGAUAUCUCAUCGGUGUUUAAUACUCUAGGGACUGAAUCAAAUAAUGAUGUUUUCCCUCCAAGAUUUGUUGAAUUGAAGAAGAAACUAAUCAAAAACCCAGAAGCUGUGAAGGAGAGUUGGGUCAGAUUAAAGAAGUCAUUGAAGGAAAAGAUUGACCAAAUCGAGAAACAAGGUCCUGAUAUUGUUCCAAGUAUUGAUUAUAAUGAACUUGAAACGUUAAAUCACUCCAAAAGGGCAGAUGUUUUGGAGAAAGGUUGUGUUGUUGUUAGAAAUGUGUUCUCCAGAGAAGAAGGUCGGAAAUUUAAAACUGAUGUUGAUGAAUACGUGAAGGCAAACCCUCAAACAAAAGGUUUCCCUCAAGACAAAAAAGUUGUUUAUGAGUUAUACUGGUCCAAAUCUCAAGUUAGGGCAAGAUCUGAUCCAAGAAUGAUCAAAACUUUGAACUUUGUUAACCAUUUGUGGCAUGCUGAUGAAAAGACUGAAAUCUCAUUAGACCAAAACUUGAGUUAUGCUGACAGACUACGUAUCAGAAAUGCAGGUGAUAACAUGUUUUCAUUAGGUCCACACGCUGACGGUGGUGGUGUUGAAAGAUGGGAAGAUGAAGAAUAUAGCAGAUGUUAUGAUGCAAUCUUUGAAGGUAGAUGGGAGGAUUAUGAUCCAUUUGAUGCAACACAUAGAGCUAAGGCUCAAAUGUCAUUAUAUCCAACUGCCGGUGCAUGUCGUGUUUUUAGAACUUUCCAAGGCUGGUUAUCCAUGUCAGAUGCAGCACCAGGUGAAGGUACUAUUUUGUUUGGGCCUUUUGUUAAAGAAGUUACUGCUUACUACAUGUUGAGGCCAUUUUUUGAUGAAAAUGAUGAGUUGGAUUUUUCCACCACUAAGUUCCCAGGAACAGUAAUUGGUAAGGCUCAAGAAUUUAAUGAUAAAACACAUCCUGACUUGGUCCUCCAAAAAUUGAUGGUUUCUAUUCCAAAAGUUCAACCAGGAGAUGCUGUUUUCUGGCAUUGUGAUUUAAUUCAUGCUGUGGAUCCUGUUCACAAAGGUACUGCUGAUUCAUCUGUCAUGUAUAUCCCAUCAGUUCCAUUAUGUGAAUUGAAUGCUCGCUAUUUUCAAUUGCAAAGAGAAAGUUUCCUCAAUGGAUUUGCUGGACCCGAUUUCCCAGGGUUCCCAAGUGGUGUUGGUGAAAGAGAACAUGUUGGUAGGGCAGAUGCUACUUAUGCUUAUAAUGUUGGUGGUAGAGAUGCUUUGCAAGAGUUAUGCUUGGAACCUUUUGAUGUGAAAUCAUCUUAUUCUGAAGGUACAAAGAGUGUUAUUAAAAAGUGUAACGACAUUUUGUUUCAACGAUGA